ACGCCAAGUAUUCUCGUUUCAAUUGAUACCAGAAGUCCAGUAAAAAAAAAGAAAAAGAAAAAGAAAAGAAAACGAUUACAGUCGCUCGUUACACCAACCAACCCCUACAAAUACUCCCAUCAGCCUCUCAAUCUCCACCUCUCUCUCUCUCUCUCUCAAAGGAUCACUCUACAGUUUUGACUUCACUGGAGCUCGGCGACGAUGGGGUUGAAGUCGUUUGUCGAAGUCCUUCCGGAUUCUCACUUCCCUAUUGAGAACCUCCCCUACGGUGUGUUUAAGCCAGAACCGGGUUCGAAGGCUAGACCGGGCGUGGCAAUCGGAGACUACGUUUUGGAUCUUUCGGUUAUUGCCUCGGCCGGUCUUUUCGACGGUCCGAUUCUCUGCAAUUCCGAUUGCUUCGAUCAGCCUAAUCUUAAUAAGUUCCUGGAAUUGGGAAGGCCUGCAUGGAAGGAAGCUCGUGCCACAUUGCAAAAGCUGUUGUCACCCACUGAGCCAGCAUUGCGUGACAAUGCCAGUUUGAGGCAGAAAGCACUUGUACCUGUGGACAAGGCACAAAUGCUUCUUCCUAUUGCAAUAGGGGAUUACACGGAUUUUUUUGCAUCCAUGCAUCAUGCUAAGAAUUGUGGGACCAUAUUUCGAGGGCCACAGAACCCAAUCAACCCUAACUGGUUCCACCUUCCUAUUGCAUAUCAUGGACGAGCAUCAUCUAUUGUAAUUUCUGGCACUGACAUUGUUAGACCAAGAGGUCAAAGUUAUCCAACUGGUAACUCUCCACCAUAUUUUGGACCUUCUCAAAAGCUGGAUUUCGAGCUAGAAAUGGCUGCUAUAGUUGGUCCUGGAAAUGAAUUAGGAAAGCCUGUGGAUGUUAAUGAGGCUGCAGAUCAUAUCUUUGGGCUUGUGCUAAUGAAUGACUGGAGCGCUAGAGAUAUUCAGGCAUGGGAGUAUGUUCCUCUUGGGCCUUUUCUUGGGAAAAGUUUUGGUACAACCUUAUCCCCUUGGAUCGUGACUUUAGAUGCCCUGGAGCCAUUUGCUUGUGAUGGUCCCAAGCAGGACCCUCAUCCACUGCCAUAUCUCGCGGAAAAGAUACAUGUAAACUAUGACAUUUCCUUGGAGGUUCGGAUCAGUCCUACUGGAGAAGAACAUUCUCAUGUCGUCACGAGGAGUAACUUUAAGCACUUAUAUUGGACCGUGACUCAACAACUUGCACACCAUACCAUCAACGGUUGUAACUUGAGGCCAGGCGAUCUCCUUGGGACUGGGACAAUCAGUGGGCCUGAGCCAGAAUCUUACGGAUGCUUGCUAGAAUUAGCAUGGAACGGCCAAAAACCACUAUCUUUGGGUGGAACAACCCGUAAAUUUUUGGAAGAUGGAGAUGAAGUCAUUUUUACCGGUUGUUGCAAGGGGAACGGUUACAAUGUGGGAUUUGGGACGUGCUCUGGGAAGAUUCUUCCAUCACCACCCUGAGAAAGAUGUUUUUCCUGCUGAUCCGAAAAAGCCAGUACUUGUCCUGACCUCAAUGGCGGUUCUCAUUUCGUGGAUGAUGUACCGUGGAGGGUGUCGUCGUUCUUUUGUAAUGUUAAUCAUUCUCAUUGGAUUUGGAAACUAGGUUUUCUCGUUAAUUGGUGGUUAAUGCAGGUUCCUACUGUCUAAUAAGAAUCUCAUGUUGGGAUUACUUGAACCCAUUAGUUGAUCCAACUUGUGCAUGUGUUCUGCAUAAGAUUGAUUGCAUGUGCUCACAAGCAGAUAAAAAAGAUCCUCUUUAUUUAAUGGGCAUAAUUGACCGUCACGGCCCUGUCACGAGAAAAUAACUAUCUAUUUAUAUCAUGUAAUAACUAUCUUAUGUGAAAUUUAUUUGUCUACACGUUACUUUGUUAUUGGAUGGUUAAACUAUGCUAGCAUAAUGAAAUGAUGUAUCGAUUAUACCCAAUGUUUUUUCCCUUUUAACACCUUGACACUCUAAUAUAAACUAAUCAAUGGUUUUUUUUUUUUUUUU